AUGGCUGCUGAUGUUGAGAAAAUGUAUAGACAGAUUAAAGUAAGAACAGAAGAUUGCAAGUUACAACGUAUCCUUUGGAGGUGGAAUAAGGAAGAGUCUAUACGAAUUUUUGAACUCAACACCGUAACAUAUGGCAUGUCAAGCUCUCCUUUCUUAGCAAUUAGAUGUCUUCAGAAAGUCGCGCAAGAAUCAGCAGCAGUUGAUGAAGAAGUAAGUGAAAUAAUAAGGCGAGACUUUUAUGUCGACGACUUAUUAACGGGAGCUGAGUCAGUUGAAGCGCUUAUGCAACUGAAGAAAAGAAUUAGCCUUGCGCUUGUAGCUGCUAAAUUUGAGCUUAGAAAAUGGACAUUGAAUGUUCCGGAAAAUUAUCAACAAGUUUUUAGCGAGAGAGAGGUUCAACUAAGUGAAUCCACAAAAAUAUUAGGAUUAUGGUGGAGUACGGCUAGUGAUACUCUACAAUAUAAGGUUAAAAUGACGAACCCUGACCAAAAGAUCACGAAGCGCAGAAUAUUGACUAACAUCGCACAAAUCUAUGACCCACUCGGAUUAUUAGGACCUAUAGUAAUACUGGUUAAAAUCUUGAUGCAGCAUCUUUGGCGUUCAAAAAUCGGUUGGGAUGAUGAAGUGCCGGAAGAGAUAAAGAAGAUAAAAAUUUUAUGCGAUGAGCCCAGUAGAAUUGAGAUACACGGAUUCAGCGAUGCAUCGGAGGCCGCAUAUGGCGCGUGCAUAUAUAUUAGGAGCACUACACCACAAGGAAAGUAUCUAGUCAGAUUGAUCUGCGCAAAGUCGCGGGUAGCUCCAAUAAAAUCAUUGUCGCUGCCAAGACUAGAAUUAUGUGGAGCAAUGUUGUUAGCCAAUUUAGGCAAAAUCAUCUUGCGGGCACUAACAAUUCGCAUUGAUCAAGUAUAUUAUUGGUGUGAUUCAACUAUAGUUUUAUCAUGGGUUUUCGGAGAGGUCAAACGUUGGAAGACAUUUGUAGCGAAUAGGGUAACCAAAAUACAAAGUGACUCAGUAGGAGCUCGUUGGUGCCACGUGAGAUCGGAAGAUAACCCUGCGGAUAUAUUGUCAAGAGGAGUAAGUUCAGAGAAGUUGAAGGAUCGAACAAUAUGGUGGGAAGGUCCCCAAUUUCUGUACGAAAACUCAACAUUUCGACCUUUUAAGAGUGAGGAUGUUCAAGAACACAUUGAGGAACGGACAAUCAAUUUGUUGAAUCGGAAGAAAGACAAUGACUAUUUAAACAUUAUAAGUCGCUUCUCAUCAUUGGCACGAUUUAUACAUGUAAUCGCGUAUUGCCUACGUUUUAAAGACAAUAUGUUAAAACGUACACCACGAAAGGGAUCUUUAGAUGUGCAGGAAAUAGAGCAAGUGUUGAAGGUACUUAUCAAAAGGUGCCAAUUAGAGGAUAAUGAGGGUAUCAUUCGUGUGGGAGGAAGACUGAGUAAUGCUUCUAUAGAAUACACGCAAAAACAUCCUAUCGUUUUACCGAACAAACAUCAUCUUACUAAUUUAAUUAUUAAGGACAUUCAUUAUAGGAAUUUACAUGCCGGGCCACAAGCGAUGCUGGCGAUGAUUCGUAAUAGAUACUGGCCAAUUUCGGGUAAACAAGCUAUUCGUCGUGUAUUAAAGAGUUGUAUUGUAUGUUUUCGUGUGAAACCGAUGAGUGCAAAUCAGUUGAUGGGAGAUUUGCCUGCAGUACGAAUAACGCAAGCUCGAGCAUUUUUGAAUACUGGAUUAGAUUAUGCCGUCACAAAGGCCGUGCAUUUUGAGUUGGUAUCUGAUCUGACCGCAGCGUCAUUUUUUAACGCAAUAAAGCGCUUCAUAGCUAGAAGAGGCAAAUGUAACAAUUUGUAUUCGGAUAAUGGUACCACAUUUGUGGGUGCAAAUAAUCAGCUUCUAGAACUCAAGAGGCACCUCACAGAUCAAUCGACACAGAAAUCAAUUAAAGAGUAUUGUACAGAGCAAUUUAUUAACUGGAAAUUUAUCUCUCCAUAUUCUCCACACAUGGGGGGAAUAUGGGAAGCAGCUGUUAAAUCAGCAAAGACUCACAUGCGUAAGAUUAUUGGUACAAGAGCGUUAAGCUUUGAGCAGUUGUAUACUACAAAUGACUCAGAUAGAGUCGUGCUUAAACUCAAGCUCACACCAUUGUCGGAUGACCCAACUGAUUUGCAUCCACUGACACCGGGACAUUUCCUCAUUGGAGACGCGUUGACUUCUAUUCCUCAACAAGACGUUAGUGAUGUGCAUCAAAAUAGAUUAACUCGUUAUCAGUUGCUCGAACAAAUAGGACAGCAUUUUUGGACAAGAUGGUUGACCGAAUAUAUUACGCAACUACAACAACGUAAUAAGUGGAAACAAUCCAAGCCUAUAGUGUUAAAUCCGGGGAUGAUAGUCAUUUUAAAAGGGGAAAAUUCGCCUCCUAUGGCGUGGCCUUUGGGUUGA